AUGGUACCCCUGCAAUGCGACGUCGAUGGUGGGGAAGACGAUCUAAUGGUGUCGGUGAUGAUGGAUCAAGCUAUAGACAAUGAUUCUUCAAGACCAAGAUGGGAGAACAUGGUUGAAUCACCAAUAAUUGAACAAGUAACAUCCAAGUACAAGCUAAAACUAAAAUAUGGAGGCUUCUUUCGAUUGAUCAAGAAUUCAUCAAGGAGAAAAUAUUGUUCCAGCUCUCAAAAAUGUAUAUACAUAGACACAAGCUCAUACAACUUGAACGAAUUAAUUGAAGAAGUCAGUAAGCAUUAUCCAUUUGAUAGUGGUCUAGUUUUCUCAAUUCAGUUCGUUGACAAGAAUGCAAAGGAGCAAUCUUUUAUCGACAUUGAUUCUCAUGAAAAUUUCAUGGGGAUGCUUGCAAUGUAUGAGAAAGAGAAAGAAGUAACCAUCUACGCGACGAUAGGUGAUAAUGGUGGUACCCAUAAUUUACAACAAAGUAGUGAAGAUGGACAAACUGAUGAACCACACUAUAACAAUGAAUCGGAUCAUUGUACUGAUAAUGAAGAAAGUUAUCACACACCUCAUAGUAGUGAUAAUGAAGAUGAGAGAGUGCACUACCAAGUCGAAACUUAUUCACUCAGCAAUAAGGAUACAACAAUGAAAGAGAACUUGAAGUUUCCGAAUGUGAUUAGUUUCAGGAGAGCUUUGAACCAUCAUGCAAUAAAAAAUGAGUUCGAGUACUUCAUUGAGAAAAGUGAACCAAGACGGUUCACUGCAAGGUGUAAACAAAUGGGGUGCAAAUGGCGAAUUCAUGCUUCAGUCAUGCAAGAUAACGUUACUUUUGAAGUAAAGAGUUUGGUGGAACCACACUCUUGUACACAAAGCAGGAUGGGUGGUAACAAGUGUGCCACUCAAGGAUGGAUUGCUGAUGUAAUCACCGACAAAUUAAGAUCUGAUGGAGAUGUCUCUUUUGCGGAGCUUAGAAGCUGGCUUGUGAAAACUUACAAUGUUGAACCACCAUACAUGAGAGUUGCUAGAGGGAAAGAACAAGCUUACACUGAUAUGUACGGCAAGUGGGAGGACUCUUUCUUACGAAUUGAUGAUUUCAAAGAGGAACUACUAAACAGGAACCUUGGAAGUGGAUUUCUUGCUGGUUGUCGUCCCUAUAUUUCUCUUGAUGCUUGUCACCUGAAAGGGAAAUUCAAUGGUGUACUAGCUGCUGCCACGAGUGUUGACGGUAAUAACUCAAUAUUUCCAGUAGCCUAUGGGGUGCUUGAGUCGGAAAAUACAAAAUCAUGGACGUGGUUUCUUGAGUUACUAAAAAAAGCAAUUGGAGUGCCAGAUGGUCUUGUUAUCUCAUCAGACAUGCAAAAGGGAUUAGAAGUAGCAAUCACGCAAGUUUAUCCUAAUGUUGAGCAUAGAGAAUGUAUCAGACACUUAUAUAGUAAUUUCAAGAAACACUUUCGUGGUGACUUCUUUGCCUCGAACUUGUGGGGUGCUGCAAGAACCUAUUGUCCCAUUGAGCAUGACAAACUACUAAAGGAGAUCUCUGAUGCACAUGAAACUCCAAUUACAUAUCUUAAUCAGAACCAUAAAAAGAUAUGGAAAGCAUUCAAUUCUUGGAUCGGUAACUUGCGUUAUCAACCAGUCCUUGAUCUUUUGGAUGCAAUUAGAGACAAGUUUAUGGUACGAUUUUAUAAGAAAAGGAAAAUUGCGGAAAAGUGGAAAGGCACGUUAGUUCCCAAGGCUAAACGUUAUAUCAACAACAUCUCUAAGAAUCUGGGUGAAUAUAAGGUUCAUAGAAGUAGCGAUAAUCGAGCUGAAGUCAACUUCAAGGGAAAACGAUGGGAGGUUGUAUUAAAUGAGCGAAAAUGCACUUGUCGAGUUUGGCAAGUUAAAGGCCUUCCAUGUAUACAUGCAGCAGCUUUUAUUGGUAGCAUAAGAGAUAAUAACUGGGAUAAUUAUGUUGAUCGAUAUUAUAUCGUUGCGAAAUUCAAAGAAGCUUAUGCUCUAGAAAUUGCUCCUAUCGGGAAAGGAUCAAUGGGUGCACAAAGCGACAGGGGAAAGGAUAUAUCCACCAAUUAUCAAACGUCCACUUGGACGACCAAAAAAAAGAGAAUUGUACCAUCUAAUGAGCCUAAAAGAAGACAACGAUGUGCACGAUGUGGCCAAUAUGUUCAUCGUGAUAAGACAUGCAAAAAUCGGCCCCGCGAUGGGUAUGAUCCAUAUCAACCAUCGACGAGUAAAAGGAAACGUGCAAAGAACAACAAUUAA